UUAGUUGCGUCGCAACCGCGGUAGUGUGUCGCAAGUUGUGAAGUGGUGCCGGGUCAAGUACGCGCGGGUUCUCCGGUUGCUUGAAAGAUACCAAUUGAAAAAAAAUAAGUAAUCAAUUUUGAAAAAAAAAAGAAAACAGAAUGAUUGUACGGCUAGUGUGCAGACGCAACCUUUUAAACAAGUACACAUGGUAUUUUUCACAAAACAAUUAUUAUUCAACCCAGACAAAUGUUAAAAAGGAAAAAAUUGAAUACAAGCCAAUUCGAAGUGUUUUGGUCGCCAACAGAGGAGAAAUAGCAGUACGUGUAUUUCGAGCAUGCACUGAAUUGGGAAUCAAAUCAGUUGCCAUCUAUUCCAAAGAAGACAGGGCACACACUCACAGGUUAAAAGCAGACGAAAGUUAUCUCGUAGGGGAAGGCCUACCACCCGUACAGGCAUAUUUAAGCAUUCCUGAUAUUAUUAAAAUUUGUAAGGACCAUCAAGUCGAUGCAGUGCAUCCUGGUUAUGGAUUUUUAUCGGAAAGGGCUGAUUUUGCUCAAGCGGUUGUCGACGCAGGACUUAGGUUUAUUGGACCAAGUCCAUUUGUUGUCCAACAGAUGGGUGAUAAAGUAGCUGCUAGAGAAGCUGCUGUUUCAGCAGGUGUACCGAUCGUUCCUGGAACUGAUGGACCUGUCACAACUACGGAAGAAGCCGUCGAAUUUUGUACGAAACAUGGAUUACCUGUGAUAUUCAAGGCAGCGUAUGGUGGUGGUGGAAGGGGAAUGCGUGUGGUGAGAAAAAUGGAAGAAGUGGAAGAAAAUUUCAAUAGAGCUUCUUCGGAAGCGAAGAGUGCUUUUGGAAAUGGAGCUAUGUUUAUCGAAAAGUUUAUUGAAAGACCCAGGCACAUUGAGGUACAAUUAUUAGGUGAUAAGGGUGGAAACGUCGUCCAUUUAUACGAAAGAGAUUGUUCUGUCCAAAGAAGGCACCAGAAAGUAGUUGAAAUCGCUCCAGCUCCGCGUCUUGAUCCAAGUGUUAGAGACAAAAUGACCGAAUGCGCCGUCAAAUUGGCAAGACACGUUGGUUACGAAAAUGCCGGAACUGUCGAAUUCCUUUGUGACGAAACCGGAAAUUUUUACUUUAUUGAAGUCAACGCGAGAUUGCAAGUGGAACAUACAGUCACAGAGGAAAUUACUGGGGUUGAUUUGGUCCAAUCCCAAAUAAGGAUCGCCGAAGGCUUGACCUUGCCAGAACUAGGACUGACACAAGACAAAAUUAAACCUGAUGGAUUCGCUAUUCAAUGUCGUGUAACGACAGAGGAUCCAGCCAAAAACUUUCAGCCUGACACUGGAAGAAUCGAAGUAUUUAGAUCUGGAGAAGGUAUGGGCAUCCGUUUAGAUGGAGCUUCAGCUUUUGCAGGUGCCAUCAUAUCCCCAUAUUACGAUUCCUUGUUGGUCAAAGUGAUCGCUCACGCAAAAGAUCUUCAAGCUUCUUGUUCCAAAAUGACCCGAGCUCUUAAAGAGUUUAGAGUUCGUGGAGUUAAGACGAAUAUUCCGUUUUUAUUAAACGUACUGGAAAAUCAGAAGUUUUUGCACGGAAUCGUUGACACUUAUUUUAUUGAUGAGAAUCCUGAAUUGUUUACUUUCAAACCAACUCAAAACAGAGCUCAAAAAUUGCUUAAUUACCUCGGUGCCGUUUUGGUUAAUGGACCACAAACGCCACUCGGUACGAAACUUAAACCUGCCGAAAUACAACCUCACGUUCCUUCCGUGUCUCUAGAGUAUCUCGCCGAGAGGAAAGGGAAAGCUGGGUCAAAAUCAGACCCACCUAAGGGAUUCCGUCAAAUAUACAAAGAACAAGGUCCUGAAGCUUUCGCCAAGGCGAUAAGAAAUCACAAAGGCUUGCUACUUAUGGACACAACAUUCCGGGAUGCUCACCAAUCUUUGUUAGCUACGAGAGUUAGAACUCACGACUUAUUGAAAAUAUCGCCUUAUGUCACUCAUAAGUUUAAUAAGUUAUAUUCGAUGGAAAAUUGGGGAGGAGCGACAUUUGACGUAGCUCUCCGUUUUCUUCACGAAUGCCCUUGGGAAAGACUGGAGGAAAUGAGAAAGCGUAUUCCUAACAUUCCAUUUCAAAUGUUAUUGAGAGGAGCCAAUGCUGUGGGAUACACGAAUUAUCCCGACAACGUUGUUUAUAAGUUCUGUGAACUUGCCGUACAAACUGGUAUGGACGUCUUCCGGGUUUUUGAUUCCUUAAAUUACCUUCCGAAUCUUAUUGUUGGUAUGGAAGCAGCGGGAAAAGCUGGUGGUAUCGUAGAGGCAGCAAUUUCAUAUUCAGGGGAUGUCAGUAAUCCAAAUAAAAAGAAAUAUGAUCUUAAAUAUUAUCUCAAUUUAGCCGAUGAACUAAUUAAAGCCGGCACUCAUGUCUUGGCCAUCAAAGAUAUGGCUGGUCUUCUAAAACCGGAAGCAGCUAAACUUUUGAUAACAGCAUUACGUGAUAAAUAUCCCGAUAUACCGAUCCACAUCCACACUCAUGACACCAGUGGUGCCGGUGUGGCAUCCAUGUUAGAAUGUGCUAAAGCUGGAGCUGAUGUGGUAGACGUUGCAGUAGAUGCCAUGUCUGGACUGACUAGUCAACCAAGUAUGGGCGCAAUUGUUGCUUCCCUACAAGGCACCCCAUUGGAUACUGGUUUCCAAUUGGCUGACAUUUCCGAGUACUCGGCCUAUUGGGAACAGACACGUACUUUAUAUGCUCCAUUUGAAUGUACAACCACCAUGAAAUCCGGAAACGCUGACGUCUACCAGAACGAAAUACCUGGAGGACAGUACACUAAUCUUCAGUUCCAAGCUUACUCUUUAGGUUUAGGAGAAUUCUUUGAAGAUGUCAAAAAGGCAUACGCUGAAGCGAACAAAAUUUUGGGUGACAUCAUCAAGGUGACACCAUCAUCCAAAGUAGUUGGCGACUUAGCCCAGUUUAUGGUCCAAAACAAACUUACAGCCAAAGAUGUGGAAGAGAAAGCAGAAGAACUAUCAUUCCCCAAAUCAGUAGUUGAAUAUUUACAGGGACACAUUGGGCAUCCCUACGGCGGAUUUCCUGAACCCUUCCGGUCAAAAGUACUGAAGAACAUGCCCCGUAUCGAAGGAAGACCCGGGGAAAGCAUGCAACCGUUCGAUUUUGAUACAUUAAAAAAAGAUUUGCAAGCCAAUUAUGAGAAUAUUGACGACAGAGAGGUCAUGUCUGCUGCCCUCUAUCCACAAGUGACCAAAGAAUAUCUUUCAUUCCGUGAAACUUUUGGACCAGUUGAUAAAUUGAACACCAGGAUAUUUCUGGUGGGACCAAAAGUUGGAGAAGAGUUUGAGGUAACAAUAGAACGAGGGAAAACAUUGGGCAUUAAGACUUUGGCAAUGGCAGAAGAUUUAACCGAAACUGGUGACCGUGAGGUGUUCUUCGAACUUAAUGGAACCCUUAGAUCAGUAAUGAUCCGUGACAAGGAAGCUGGUCAAGAGAUCCACAUGCAUCCAAAAGCCGAUAAAACCAAUCCAAAAGAAGUAGGAGCCCCAAUGCCUGGUACAGUUAUCGAUGUGAGGGUAAAGGAGGGUGAUACUGUGGAAAAAGGAACUCCACUAGUCAUUCUUUCCGCCAUGAAAAUGGAAACAGUCGUUCAGAGUCCUGCGGCUGGUAAAAUCAAGAGUUUAGAAGUCGGACUUAAUAUGAAAUUGGAGGCUGAAGAUUUGCUCGUAACGUUAGAAUAAGUGUGAAUAUCCCUUUUAGAUAAAACAGGUGGGCUGCUUUUCAACAAUCGUCCUUAUGUAGGUGCUAACAAAAUUGCAUUGUAAACUUGAAAGUGGAAAGAGAAAUUUAAGUGAGAGUAAGUACUAUAAGGCGUUACAAUAAUAGGUAAUAUUAAUUUUUAUGUUCGGUUAAUAGACAGCCGGCUGUCGCAUCACAAUAAACAUUUAAAAAAAUAUUUACACUAAAAAAUUUUCUAAGCAACAUUUUUUUCCAUUUUUUCAAGAAAUUAAGACUGAACAUAUACAUUUACAUGUACACUAUGGUACCCUACAAAUAGUCCAAAGAACAACAGUUGUUAUUUUGUUUUGAUCUCGCAUGAUGUACCUAUAAAUUUAUCAUAUUUAAUGAUUUUCACAAAAAAUCAGCUUAGUAUAAAAUUUCCAAACAGGUUACAAAUUUUUUUAUUACUCGCUAUGUACAUAUACGAUAACAACAUUAUAAUAUUAAUGUUUUCUCUCUUUUUUUUUAAUAAUUAUUAGAGCACUCUGUAUACAAUCAAAAUGCGAAUUUCAUCAUUUUUACCUUAUUACUUAUUACAUACUGUUAUUACUUAUUAUAACUAUUUACUAUUAAACAUUAAUAAUUUUUGCAUACUUCUUUACUGCCAUGUCCAGAUUUAAAUAACUUACAACAGAAAGAAAAUAAUGAAGGUUAGAUUGUAAGGAGAAUUAUUAUGUUAUAACGAAUUUCUUCCAGAGAAGCAGCUAACUAUAAAAAAAA